AAACCUCAUCAAUCAUCAUUACACUCAAUGCUCUCUUACUUCACUCACCCAACUCUCUCUACAUUGCUUGCAACAAUAUCUCAAUCAUAAAAGCAAUCUACUCACAUUUUCACACUACUCACUAAAAUCUCGCCACACAUACAUCAAAACUCUUCAAUUUUUCAAACUAAAACAGCUACAAUAUCUUUAACAUUUUCCCCAAAUCAUAGCCCACAACAAUUCAUUUCAUUUUCCUUUUCCACCUCCUCUUUUAAUUCGUUGACUCUUACUUAAUGUAACAGUCAAUCAUAUCAUCAUUACUAUAAUAAACACAAACAUAAACAGAAAAAACAUCUAUCUAUGUACAAUGAACAUGUUCUUUUGUUGAUUUUUCAACACUAAAAAACAAGACACUUUAUUUUCAUAGGAAAACCAAAAGUCAUGAUGGAUGAUCUUUUGUGCAAAGAAAAUGAAACGUUUUUUGAAGUUGAAGAAUGCUCAAUGAAUCAAUCAGAAGAAGAGUAUGUGAGAUUGUUGAUUCAGAAAGAGAUUGCAUUUGGUUUCAAAAAAGAUGAAAAUUUGGUUUUUGAAGAAGAUUCUGUGAAACGUGGUCGUUUCAAUGCAAUCAAUUGGAUUCUGAAAAAAACAGAAGCAUUGGAUUUUCACUUUGAAACAGCUUAUUUGUCAGUAACAUAUUUGGAUCGAUUCCUUUCAAAAAGAUUCAUUGAUGGUGAGAAGGAUUGGGCUAUAAGAUUGCUAUCAAUUGCAUGUCUUUCUUUGGCUGCAAAGAUGGAAGAGUACAAUGUGCCAGGACUAUCAAAAUUUCAAUUGGAUGAUAAUUAUUUCUUUGAUGGAAAAGUGGUUCAAAAAAUGGAGCUUUUUGUUCUUAGUACAUUGGAUUGGAACAUGGGUAUUAUCACUCCCUUUUCAUUCCUUUCUUACUUCAUCAAAAUGUUCUGCAAUGAAUCAUCAUCAUCAUCAUCAUCAUCAAAUCCUAUUGUUUCCAAUACAAUGCAACCUAUCUUCACUGUAAUCAUGGAAGAGAUCAAUCUAAUGGAUCACAAACCAUCCGUUGUUGCAGCAGCUGCUACUUUAGUGGCAUUGGAUAAAAAAUUGACCAUAGAAGAUGUGAGAUUGAAAAUGAAUUCAAUUUCUCAACAUCCAUUACUUGAACCAAAUGAUGUCUUUGCUUGCUACAAUCUAAUUCAAAGAUUAUAUGAGGAGAAGAUUAAAAGAGAAGAGCAUAAGGCUUUAUGUACACCAAAUUCUUCGGUUAUUCGAUCAAGGCCAACUGACUAUGCUGUUGCUAUGACAAAGAGAAGAAGGCUCUCAUUCACUGAUGAUGAAGAUGGUGGUGACAAGAAGGGACCACACCAAGAAAAUCCCAAAAUUUGAACUUUUUGAAGCUUUCAUAGUUCUAUGUGAAGAUUAUGUGUUAUCCUUCUUUGUUACUUUUUUUGCUAUAGUAUCAUAUCACCAAGAGAUAGAGAGGGGGGAAACUUACAAGAGAAAGGUAUUGAUUGUUACUAGACUAAAAAUUAUUUUGGAUUUAUUGAUUGUUACCAUGGGGAACAGGGAAAAGGAGGAGAAUCUGAGAAUAAAAAUUCAGGUUUUGGGAUAGAACAGUACUAGAUGGAAUGCCCAAAUUAGCCAGUAAACCAAAGCUAAAAUUAGAAGAAAUCGCCGAUUUUGUCCAUGAAUUGAAGUGUUAAUGUAAUUUGAUAUCUCAAAUUUUCAAAAUAACUUUUGAAAUUGAAAAUUCUCGAUUGCAUUAGUCAUCUGGAUAGAAACUGU